CAUCGUAUCGAUCUUGUGCUUUGACGUUGACCGAUGUCUGAUUCUGAGGCUGAGAUUGCCUCAAUGCUCGACCCCACCGAUGUUCGAGAUCCAGAUGAGAACAGUCAGGACAUGCCCGCUGCAGGCUCUUCAACUCAAAUCCCUAGGAAUGGCAAUAACAAUUGGCGAGGUACGAAUCAGUACAAGCAUCGCCCACCAAUAGGAGAUGAAACUGUGCACCAAGCAUUGCUUGACUAUCAUCGUAGAAAUAUCACGGAUAAGAGAACCAUAUCGGAAUUGCUAAAAUCUGACUACGGUAUUACACUCAGUGCAUCUUCUGUAACACGCCAUAAAUCUCAUUGGAGAAUCAAAGCCAGUCGAGUCACAACUGCAACCAUGCCUGAGAUUGACAAAAGGCAGGCAGUAUUUGAUGAGAUGGCCAAGGAUCCAAAUGGCCAGCGCGGGCCUCGUAUAAUCAAGGAGCGGAUAGCGUUAGACCAGGGAAUACACUUAACCAGACUGUAUGUGGAAAAUACUAUGCGCGCUCAGGAUCCCGAGGGUUUUCAGUCGCGUGAACCAGCAUCCAAAAAAAUUUCCCGCAGCGUUCUCAUCUGUAUCGGCCCUCAUCAAGAAUGGAGUGGUGAUGGUCAUGAUAAACUUGCUGGAAUCGGCUUUCCUAUAUGGGGUGUUCGAGAUGUAUGGAGCGGGAAGUGGCUAGGUUUAUGGGUGGUCCCAAAUAACCGCCUAAAAGAUUCCAUUGCAUAUCUAUUUCUAAAACUUGUGCAUGAGUAUGGAGGUAUACCGGUACAGAUGACAACUGAUUGUGGAUCGGAACUAGUAUCAGUUUACGGAUUUGCAAAUGCAUUGAGAGAGGCAUUUGUGAGCGACCUUCCAAUCGAGGAGCUUGCUGCACACCGAUUUCUCCAGAGCAUUCACAAUAUUACGAUUGAGCGAGGAUGGUUGCGGUUGAGGCUGGAGUGGGGAGAAAAUGUCAAAAUAUUCUGGGACGCUGGUAGCACAGUGUACAAUUCUGAAGACUCAAAGCAUUAUGACCUGGCACGUUGGCUGUGGUCAACACUCAUACAGACCGAAUUGGACCACCUACGAGAUGCGUUCAACAACCAUCGUGUUCGCAAAGAUCGCGGCAAAGCUUUACCAAGCGGUUUAGCACCAAAUGUCUCAUUUUCAUUGUAUGAAAAAUAUGGUGGUGAAAAUGGACUCCUACCAGUUGAUUGUACCAUAGUCAAACAGCUCAUGGAGAACAUUGGGGGUGAGGAUCUCAUAAGAUUUGUGAGUCGGGAUUAUGCUGCCAAAGCACAAGCAGUGUUCGUGGACCAGCUAGGUAAUCCGAAGCUUACCAUGACAAAUGUUUGGGAUAUUUUCCAGGAAAUGCUUCCAUGUAUAUGAUAUUGUACCAAUUAUUUUAUUGUUAGUUAAUGUAUAUAAAAGAGCGAUAAAUAAAAGUAGAGACAACACACAAAUGAACCCUCGAAA